AUGGGUAGCGCCAAUGUUUUCCGUUGGCCCAAAGUUCAUCUCUUUUGUUUUCUCUUUGUUACAGUGAAAAUCGACAAGGAGAAGCAGCUGGUAGUUCUGGACGAAGAACACGAGGGCAUUUCUCCUGACGAACUGAAAGACGAGCUUCCCGAGAGACAACCUCGAUUUAUCGUCUAUAGCUACAAGUACCAGCACGACGAUGGGAGAGUCUCCUAUCCCCUCUGUUUCAUCUUCUCCAGCCCUGUCGGUUGCAAGCCUGAGCAGCAGAUGAUGUACGCCGGCAGCAAAAACAAGCUAGUCCAGACGGCUGAACUGACGAAGGUAUUCGAAAUAAGGAACACGGAAGACCUUACUGAAGAGUGGCUUAGGGAGAAACUGGGCUACUUCCAUUGAGACCCUGAUCCGGCCCUCCGCCCGGGCGUGAACUGGAACCCGAUGCGAAUCCUGACAACCAUCAAAAGACUGCACUGUACUUCUCGGUUGUUUCCCGCCGUGUGUGGUGCGUGCGUGUGUGUUUAUGUACAUAUAUAUUUUUGUGCGUGCAAAGUUUAUACGCUCCUUCGGGAGAGGAAACAUCUCUUCCUGUGUCACCAAACCUUGUUCCCCAGGGGGGUUUCUUUCUUUGUAACUGUUCGAAAGGGGAGAACUCAUUUCUGCAGGGAAAACAUUUCUUUUAUCUUUUUUUUUUUUUGGCACUCAUAUGACUAAUAUUUCUAUAAUAGCUGGACCCAGGAUUUUGUAACUGUCUACAGAGAUGGGGGCAGCGUUCCCGAAAGGAACAUCUCCUGGAAAGGCCCCACUAAAGCAAACAGAUCCUUGGGUGCGAAUCCUGCUCAUUUUGGUUGGAUUCGUUUCAGACGGUGCUCUGGGAAUGACAAGUGACCACAUCUCCAAGCUACAAAUGCAUCCCUCGUUUUUAUGGGGAGGAACGGAUACUACAUACUAAGGACUUAUAUGUGGGAAUGACGUUAACCAAUUGUUUAAUCUUCUAGGCUUGAAGGAUUGAAUUAUAAUGUUGCUGGAGAGCUGGGUUAUAUCCUUCCGGUUUGUUCCACUAACAACCGUGAGUUCCUUCAACAGAGGGAGCGUCAGCAGAACAUUUCUUUCCGCUCGAGGAAGGCAUUGUCAGCCCCCCCGUCCUCCCACAACAUUUUAAUUCCUUUUUUUUUGUAGGACUUGACUACUUUGGAAUUCCAGCCAGGAUCUCUUGUUGAUCCGGCGUCGACAUCAUUCCAAUUUUUGGGUCGAUAACUUCGGACCCGCCUAUUUUUGUGCGCUUAGCGGGUAGCGUUUUUAGUCUGAUAGAAACUAACUCAAAGCAACAAAAUGAAAUUUUAAAACCUUAAGGGCUCGGUUAACAUCCUGGUCGCAGUCAUUCCAGAAGCCUUCCUCUGUGGGUUUUGUAAUGGCGGUUUUCUGUUUUUCUCCCCCUGUCUUUUAUAUAUACAAGCAGUUCCCGAGA